GGAAUACUAAAUACGCUUCGCAUGUUGUCAGCUCAUCGUCCGCUCACCGGCGCUGCUAUAGCGGUCAUAGCUGCCGCAAGCAGAUUACAAGGAAGCCCCGGCUGCCUCAAUGAUGGCGGUUCUAGUACGCAUGCUCCGUCGUUGUGCAGCAGCAGCAGUACUGCAGGUAGCAACAGCAUUCAGUAUAGCCAGCGCAUCGCUGCGGUCGCAUCAGUAUUAGCUACUACCGCGAUGACGACUGGUUCGACUCUGUUCUGAAAGGUUUCUUAGCGUAUUCUUUUACUUCUUCUUUUGCUGCUACUUUUUCUCUCCAUCCUUCUUUCCCGUUCCAUCUAUCUCUUUACUAAACCGCUCUUUUUACGUUGGCUCCAACAAAAUAUAUUGUGCGGCGGGCGGCCGGCUGCUCAAGCGUUUCGCGGUUAGAAAAAAGGUUUAUUCAAGCAUGGUAUGUGAUAGAGUAGAGCUUCAGCGAACUGGAGAUAGAUAGAAAAAUAAUACAGCGGCUUUGCGUUUAUCAUGUGUGCACGCGCGCGCGGUCGCGUCGGUCUGCCACUAUAAAGUCUACUGCCCUCCAUUGCCCUGCUUAUCCCUUUAGCGAUACAAACACCCCAGACCCCACGCAUUCUUUUUCUUUCAUUCUACACGCAAUGCGUAUUUGCACCAUUGCAAGGGACGUAAACAAGAGACAAAGACGGCGGAGCGUGGCGGAGGAUCGACGGACGUUGCUCAGAGCAGACGAACAAGCGGCCAAGGAAAGGACUACGGCCGUGAUCAGUCGGCUUCUACACAGACGGACAUAUCGACGGACAGACACCACAAAGGAACGAACCACAGCAGCCGAACGGCAUCGAGGAGAUACCAACCAGACGAGUCGGAAAAGUCAUGCACCGUAGAACCGACGACCUCAACUAGAGUUAAGAAUGGUCGACGAAUAUUGGGCCUGCGACUAACAUAAUCAAAAAGCCCGCUUUAUUUUGAUUUUUGGCUGGUAGUGGAAUUGUACAACAGAUACGAAUUUUGUCGGCAGCAGUCCGUGUGCCAGUCAGUGGGUUGGUGCUGCACUGAGCUGCGCUAAUAGCGUAUAGCGGUUGAGGGGGAGGUAAAAAAACUACUGAGUGCGUUUUACUGUGUGGGCCUGUUUCAAAUGCUUUGCGACGGCGGCGACGGGCUUCGCCCAGAAGCAGAAAAGGCUAUAUUGCUGCGGUUCCUGCUGUUGCUAGGCGCAUGAUUACGCAAUACUGUUUUUAUUAUUAUGAUUAUUUCCGCAAAAGCUAACUACGAGUGAAGUUUGAAGCGGCGGGUGCGCAAUUCUGUGGUGUUUGGAUAACUCUAGGGUAAACCAACGAUCAGGCAGACCAUGGGGUUAGAGGCCGAAAGCGUGCUAGCCGUCGUUUUAUGUGGCGAUCAUGAGAUGUUAGAACACUACUAAACGGAAGCAGAUUUAAAAACCAAUCAGCAAAAGUAAAACCGAAAAAUGAGGAAGCGAAAAUGAAGAAAUAAGAAACGUGUGUAUGUUUGUGAAGAGUAGAGUUGAAUAAGACGUUAUUGGUUGUUUAUGGUGCUGCUGCCGCUGCUGCUUUGUUUUUUAAUGUGGUUUCGGUGAGUGGCUGCCAGUUGAUAACAGCACGGUGCUCAUUUUUCCAUAAGUAAGUAUCGUGAGUAGAGCAGAAAGACGGAGGAAGGGCGACUGAGCACCAUGGAGAAGUGGAAAAAGAUUAAGGCCAUUAUUAUUACUGGGCACUACUACAACAGCACUCCAGGUUCGCUUACUAGCAACGGUAUUUUCAACAUUUCUAGCAAACACAUCAAUAACAGUAUCGCACCGUUGCUGGGUCGAUCCUGUUGAGUUAGGCAUCAACAUUUGCUUAGCAGUCAAACAGUGUACAAUUCGAAGUGAGUGAAUAGGUAAGUCCGCUUGCCACGCACGACGACCACGGCCACUACGAUCGCCCGUGCUGCUGCCGCCGCUUCUGGUACGCUUUACGGUGUGCUGUAGAGAGAAAGAAAGCAGCGUGUACUCUGAGAGCACCAUGGGAUGGAAGGGGGCCUCCGUUUCCUAGAGGGUCGCCAGCUAAGUCCGGCCCUCGCAACAGUAGCCAUUGCCGCAGCAUCAGUAUUGGCAGUAGGACCCUCAUUACGGUCCCGACAGCAAACAGCGAGCAGCAACAACAACGAGAACCACAGCAAAAAGAGCCUUACAGCAUACAGUCGGUACCACGACGAAGAAAAAUAAGCAUAAGGGAUUAGGCGAACAGCCCCAGCGUAAUGGCAGCGACAGUGGUAGUGCACUCAGGCAGUCAAUCAGUGAAUUAGUCAGUGAGUUGGCCAGUAGCAGCUAAGACACCAGGUCAGCCGAUAACGCUGCGGCCUGCGUGAACGCCGCGAAACGUUACAAUAGAGUACAACACAAAUGUGGUGCUGGUGAGGCUGCUGUUGUCAGGCAGAGGAUGUUAAUUUGUUGCCAUAUUAUAGGUAACCGGCUUUGUCGGCGCUGCCAUAACGAAAAAAGAAUCACCACCCAAGGAAGGGAGUUAUCAACGGUACACACACACACAUUCAUCUAAUGCUAGUUCAGCUAAUACUGUUACAACUGCCACUAGCGCCGGCUGUCUAUUAGUGAAUUCAGACGUGUAGAAGUAGCAGGAAGUCCUACGAGGUGAAGCUGAUGAUGACGCUACUCAUCAUCACCCAUUAACGCACACAAGCAGCUAUAUAAACGACGUUUUUUUGCCAGCCGUCUACUACAGCACAAAAAUACGAAUGUCCAUAGUCGAAGUAUGCAGAUCAAUCGCAGGAGGCGCCCAGCAGUACGUGCGUACGAAGCAUAACUUGCAGCUGUAUCCUGAGGAGGUAGGAGCCAUUUACAUGAAUGCACGGAUCGAAUGAAAAAGAGAGAAAAAAAAAACUUCUGAGUGAGCGUCCAAUAUGAAACUUUAAAGGAACAUUAAACCCACAGGCGGCCACCAGGUACUUCUUAACGUCGUUUUUGGAGAGCAAGCUUUAUAACAUAGCAAUGUUGUUGCAAUGACUAUAGCUCACCAAUGAGAUACAUAAAAGGAUGCGCUCAACAUCAUCAUCAUCACAAUCAUCAUCACAGUAGUGCAAAGCGGUUGUGACGCGUCUCGUGCAAAUGCAAUUCCAGUUAAUCGAGAGGUUCAGGCGUGAGUUAGUAGUUGCUUAGCGAAAAAACCGACGCAACAGAUACGGUCGAAGAAGGAUACAAAGAUACGUCUCCUCUCAUAUUUUCUGCCUCUUCUAGAAGCUCUAUAUCGUGGCAACCAUCGAAACAAAAAACGAAGAAGCGCGGCAGGCCAAACAGCAUGCAGCACAUGCGCCGGCUUCGCAGCGACCGUCAACGUCAAACAGUUAGCUGAGAGUGCUGGAUAAGAGCGCCUGUUCCCGAGUUCAUACAGGCGCCCUGUCAAUGGCUCAGUGUAAUACAUCGCAGUCUUCGUGGAGGCGGCGGAGCCGGCCCCCACUAUCUCUAGCAACAACCGUAACCCUCAUUUUGGGUCUCUUCACCGCCUGUUCGUCUUCUUCUUCUUCAGCAGAGCCUCACAAAGGCCACGUGCGCCUUAGUCGCAAGUCAGGAAUUCCCGAUACCACGGCAUUUGCUGGCUACAUAUUUAACUACACUCUGCCAGACGAUAUAUUCAAUGGAGAAGUGCAUCACUAUGACGUAACAGAGGCCGGAGACAUUCGUCUGCCCGGGUGGCUGCAGUUCGACCCUAAGAACCGCAGACUGGUCGGACUACCCGACACGGCGGAUGAGGGCAAGGUGUACAUUUGCGUCAAGGCGUAUGGCUUUGGCACGCGGCACCAGGGCAACUCACUCGAUGAGCAGUCUGUCAGCGAUGAAAAGUCGACGCAAUUCAAGGACAUUUUCUCGAUUGAGGUCUUGUCCGGCAAGCCUAAGGAUCCGCACUGCCGUUUUGAGCCGCGCAUGACGCUUAUGGUUGAUGCCGAUUUGCACUUUCUUCCACUUGAGAGUAAAAUUGAGAUGACGUGCGCGUUGGCCAAUUGCCUGGGCGUCCCACUUGAUGGGCUUCGGCUAUUGGCAAUGCCACAGAGCAACUCACCGCUAUACCCGCAAUUACACGACGACUCGCACCUUCGCUCAGGUGCAGGUGAUGGCCAUAAGCGCACAAAGGCCGGUAUCCAGUUCGAGUGGGCCAUGGCCUCGGACUGCGAAGGUCGUCUGGCGGCUGAAGCUGAUGAUCAAAUUCAGCUGGUAGAAACGGCCGCCAAAGAUGGAACAUUGCGUCAUCUCCUGCGCCAUCGCGUGCUUGGCUGGCACGUCCGCGGCACCUCGCUAGGUGGCACUCAAGUGUCUGGCUUCUCGAUCAUGAGGCAGAGGAGAGACAUGGACGUGAGUCACACGCCCAUGCCUGGCAUCGUGAUGCCGACGGCCACGGUGACUAACGAUUUCGAUUGGGAUACCUCUGCUUCACCGGACAUCCGCAUUGUGCCUAGCAUGUCGUCGCCGGAGGUGGAUCCCAGCUCGCGGGCGCCACACAUGCGCCCCCAGCCCAUCCCUACAAGACGACACCCCGAAUAUGACCCCAUUCACAUUACACCUUCGGUUACCCUACACUCAAUGUUACCCAGCUAUGUUCACUCCACGCCUGCAUUGCCACUUCCUCGUCCUUCGUUCACUUAUGUAACUAACGUUGACUCGGUGCCUACAAUUACGCCGGUCAUCGAACCCUCAUCAACCUUCCCCUACUCGGCGCCCAGCCCGACCGAAACGUUUGACAGGCCUCCGGUGCCACCUUCGUCAGGCUCUAUACCGGAACCGCCGCCGCCCACCGUCAACAACAAGCCCGUGGUGAAUAAGCGAAUCAAGAAGCUCGUCAUGACAGCUGGAGCAAUCUUUACGUACAAGAUUCCGGCUGAAACGUUUAUCGACGAGGAAGAUGGCGAUACCAGAGGUUUAGCCUUAGAGCUGAACAACAUGAAUGGCCAGCCUGUCGGCAGCAACUCGUUCAUUCAGCUGGACAAAAUAAACCAAACACUAUAUGCGCUUCCGCUGAGUGACCAUACCGGAAAGUACAACUACCUUCUAAAGGCAUACGACAGCGCUGGCGAAAGCGUCACCGAGACAUUUGAAGUGAACGUUUGGCAGCACCCAGGGGAAAGGAAUUUCCAUCACAAGUUCAAAAUGUCAGUUCAACCCCGAGGUGACUGGGACUGGAGCAUUGGAUGGCCGAUGGACGUCGUGCGAGUCCUAUCCGAAUAUUUUGGCGAUGGUCAGGAACACAAGAUCACAAUCACCGGCAUUGUGAAGGAAACGCAUACGAUCUCAUGGACAAAUAGCACCCUGCCGGCGUCACCUUGCCCGCGCGAGACACUUAAACAGAUUGAGAAAAAGCUCAAUAAGGAAUCAGGUGAGCCGCGAGGUGUGCUAAUAAAACUAAUGCAAGUUAAGGAGAUCACCAUCGUCCAUAUAUCGCUUGAGAUGCUUCGCCUCUGCAAGACGCCAGCGAGCACAGGGACGCCGGCGGAGGGAAACGCGCCACCUGUACGACGUAACAGUAUAGGUGAGCUCCAAGCAACAGCUGGACGAAUUUUUCAGUACAAGAUACCGGAAGAUAUCUUCUACGAUUUCGACGACGGGAACACACGAUACCUUUCACUGCAUCUGCGUAACAUCAACGGUGAGAGUGUCACGCCACAGUCGUGGCUGCAGUUUAAUGCUAAAACACAGGAGCUGUCCGGCCUGCCUGAGGCGAACGAUCUUGGCCGCUCCGAAUACAUCAUGAGCGCUGCGGACAAACUCGGACAGGAGGCAAACGACGUGUUUUCUCUCGACGUUAAAAAGCCAGAAUUUGAAAAACACCCCGUGGAAUUCUCGAUUCAGCUCGAGGAGAAGUAUGAAGAGUUCAGGAAGAAUGCCUCAAAGAAAGUCCUCGUGGCCUGGAAGCUGGCCAGGCUAUACUUCGAUCCUGACCCAAGCAAGAUUACUGUCACUAGCAUCACGAACGGUUCAGUGGUCUACUCAUGGACCAACAACACUUUGGCCACUGAGCGCUGCCCAACGGACAGCAUCCAGGCCUUGAGCGCUAAGCUAAUCGAGCAGCUUCCUCAGCAACAGGCAAACGCAAGUCACAUCGCCCGGAUGCUCGUGGAUACGAUGUGGCCUGAUUUCCGGGUGUUGAAGGCAGAUGUUCGCCCGCUCGGCGCGUGCCUGGGCGCAGGCGGCGUGCCGCCCUCCACCGGGAUCUCGCCGCCUUUGGUACCACCCAUCCACCCAGGUCAACAACCCGAGGACGACGAUGUCUACGUGACAACUGUCAUUCCCGCACUUGUCAUCAUUGUGAUGCUCAUCAUGGCUACUGCCGUAGCUUGCUGCUUGUACAGCAAACGCCGCAGGGGCAGGCUCAGCAUGCAUGAUCACUCAUUUUACCAUAAAGGAAUUCCGAUUAUCUUAUCCGAGGAGCUCGAAGACAGGCCGCACAUGGGCAAUUCGGGUGGCAAGCAGCCAGCCAUCAUGCACGAGGAACGGCCGCCCCUCUCCCGAGAUGCCAUGGCGCCCCUUCUCGGUAAUCAGGGACCAGUACACCAUCGCGCCAAUGAACCUUACCAACAGCCAGCGCCGCCCUAUCCGGGCGGUUUGGUCGGCGCUAGGUCCAGCCAACCUCGGGUAACGCCCAACUAUCGUAAUCCACCCCCUUACGUGCCACAUGUACCUCCGUAAUGAGUUGGGUCUUGAAUUGAUUUUACCCUGCUUUUGUAUUUUAUAUAAUGUAAUGAAAUAAUAAAUGGCGAAAUACAUAUUAUACAGGUGCCGCCACAGAUCUUCCCUAAGAUAGGCAUACACGAUUGCUUUAAGGUUCAUACAAUACAGGAGAGCGCAAUAUAAUGGUUUACACUAUACAGACGUUAGUUAGUGAUUUAACAGUGUAGCAACACACGUCUACUUCUCUGCCAAAGAGUACCUAUCAUGAAUAUGUAUAAGCAGUGAGAAUACACCUAACGGAAAACAUACGGUUGUUAAUCGUUUUGUUUCGUUAACGGCAGCCGAAGUAGCUACGGCUUCAAUAAUGAUCAGCAGCAUCAUCAUACCAAGCAAUAUUUAUUGUUAGCUCACUAGUGAUUUUUCAGAUUCAAUUAGAUUUGUAACCCAAUUUUUCCAGUGUUAAUAGAUAUGCUUUUCGUAUCCACAGACGUUCAGCGCGUCAAGAACUAAUAAUUCCAUCAGUAUCAGGUCAUUUAUAAAAGUAGCUGCAGUAAGAGUAACCUGAAAAGCAGACAUCUUUAGUCUAGCCACUGUUCUCGCAUCACUUCACCCCAAAAUUUAUCCUAAAAUUUAUUGCAUCGCCAACUUCUGGAGUCUAAUUGUAAUAGCUUUAGCUUUGCCAGCCAGUCAAAGUGUAAGAACUACGGAGAGUACAGGAAGACAAGGCGAAAUCGCCUUGCAUCACCGAGUGAUAAAAACACUGAAGAUGAUCUGUGAAGUGGAUUGAAGAUAUAUACAUAACGAUUAUAAUGCGGUUCCGGUAUACAAAUUCGCACAAGCAUUCGCAGAGCCACAAAGGGCAUGUACACACACACACACACACACACACACACACACACACACACACAAACACACACACACACACACACACACACACACACACACACACACACACACACACACACACAGACACACACACACACACACACGCGCACACGCGCGGAGCUAACCCUUCGCGUAGGUCACGAGCAGUUACAAACACAGCGGCACUCAGAAGUACCACCAAAAUAAGACGACUGUUACAUUUAUCGGCGCGUUUUUCUCUUGAAGUUAAUUUGGUUCGACGUUUGAAGGGAUGCGCUUGUUUUUACGUCCGUACCGAUAUAGGCAGUUAGACUUAGGCUACACGCUUGGAAGUGAGUGAUCUUUCUUCGUUGGAGCUUGGCCCUGCAAAUGCGAUGGGAAACCGCCGUGCAGGAUAAGCCGAAAUCACAUUUAUAGUGCUGCUACUACUACAGCGUGAACAAUUUAUGAGGACGAUGACAGUUAUUAAUACAAUGGACAACAACAAUAACUUUACUAAAAUAUCGAAAAAAUGGCAGGCAGCACGAGAGUUAAGCAAUAAUAGCAACACAGUAGUAGGUCUCUCUCUCUAUUAGGUAACGCCGUUUCAACAUGAAUCUAUGGAGGUGGUAAGCACCUGUAGGAACAGCCAUGCAGCAGAUGCGCCAGCCUAGGCCUGUUGAAGGUCCUUUGGAGUGGAGGAUCCCGGAAGAAGGCCCUUCGGGCUGUUGCUGCCGUAUUCGUCUGACUCGUGGCAACAUACUAUGGUAGGACAUACGCACACGUGCACUAAACGAGCGAACAUCAAGAGGAAGAGCAUAUGAAAGUUGCACUACGGGUAGCGAUGAUGCUAAUAGAUCAAUAAUCAACUGUUUAUUGAGCUCGAGAGAAGACCAAAGAGGAACGCUACUUGGGGUCACCGGACGGAAACUACCGGGGUUGGAAAUACGCUGACGGCUAAUAUUGAAAGAAAUUCUAAUUGCAAUCUUGUAACUGAUUAAUUUAUACAAUCUUGCGAUUCAAGUUAGUAGAAAAAAAAGCCAUAACAAAGAACGAAACAUUAUAACUUUGGCUUACUGUUUGAAAAUUUAUGCGAUAUAAGGACUUGAUAAUGAAUGGCUGUUGAGGAGAGUGUCGUACACAGCAAAAACGUAUCGCCGUGAGGUGACAAGCGUUCGAUAACAGGGAAAAUGAAUAGUAGUUAACGCUGCCUUCGCGAGUUUUAAGCAAUCAGCCAAUAAUAUAUUACUCAGUUUGAUCUCUAGUUAGGGUAUAUAAGAAAUUAUUCGGUUAUAUAUAUGGCGAUCAAAAGUGGCUUCCGUGCUGAUGGAACAAGACGACAGAUGCUGACGUAGCGUAUCAAGCCCCCCCCACAUUCUAGACACAAGAUAAAUUCGACGGAAUUCAGAAUUACUGAUACUUGGAAACAAAUUCAUUUAUCUGACUGAGUAGACUGAGUGAACACAUAAACAGUGUGAAAUAGGCUGUGAAUGUAAGCAAAUUUCAACCCACUGUUACCCUAAGCUACUGUGCAAUAGAGAUUGCGCAAGAAAGCAGCUCUGUGAUGACAUUAUAUAGUUAACUAAACGCAUAUAUCUAUAUACAUUGUGAAAGACUCUCAUAUGGAUUAUAUGGAUAUAAUGCUACUUGGGUUGGAUGUUGAUCUUCACGACAAAACUAAAGUCCUACAACGUGGGGGUAGUAGCAUGCCACUCGGUAAAUGUCGUAAAGUUUAAUAAGAAAUAUUUACCAAAUACAAACACACAGGUGUACAUUCACUCGAAUCACCUGAUCUUUACGGGCGUUUUGCUCUCUUCGGACAGCCAAAUAUUCAAUAUAAAAAGGUCACAACCAUUUGCUUGUAGCAUUAAUUGGUGCAUUUUCGGCCCUUUGGAUAUGACUAAGUUAUUUGUUAUUAAAGUUACGCCAAAUGGCUAUCAUCCACACGGAUUAGACGGUCGUCUAAAGACGGCUUUCUGACUUUGGCCUAAGUUUCCAUGAAGAAUACUAUACCAACAACUGUUGCCUAAGCCCUGUGGCCGAAAAGCCCUUUAUAGCUUGUAAAUAGCCACUGCUAAUGUAGGUAUAGAUUCAAAACGAAGCUAUACAGAGAUAUUUGGAAUAAGAUUGGCUUUCGCCAAGUCAUAUAUAAUAAUGAUGAUAGUAAUUAUAUACUAAAAAAAAAAAAUAUAUAUAUAUAUAUAUAUAUAUAACGAUUUUUGUUACAAGUAAUUUAUGGAUUUGUGUCGCAGAAGUGGAUGCGUUCGUGCUUUUGCGUUAUGUUGUUCUACUGUCAAUGUAGUAGAGUACACUAAUUACAAUCACCAGAAUGCGGAAAGACCUAUGGAAAUGGUACGGGAGGCAGAACGACGUCGAGUAUCUUCACAAGCAAACAAUGCUUCAUGCGGCGAGCUACAGCGUUCCUCAUGCUCAUGGCUUCGCUGUGGAAACCAUGGACGCGCAGCGAACACAUGAGACCCGAGAAAAACGAAGACGAUACACAUCAUACAUAUAUGAAUAUACAUAUACGAGUAUAUAUAUAUAUAUACAUAGUGUAGGAUCAAUAGAUGCUAGAAAGCUAAGCAAAAACCAAUAACAAUUAAAUAAUAUUCUAUUAAAUAUAAAUAUUAACGAUGGUAAUGAUGGUAGCGAUGAGGGAAAACAGGAAAAAACAAAGGUCCCGCAACGAUAAAUAUGAUGCGAAAAUAGAUGAAGGUCGCGCGACUAUGGGCCGGCUGCUAACUGUGCCCGUGCCAGCCCGCGCUCAGCCUCCCGGUACCUUAUACCCUAUUAGUCAUGGAAAACAGUUAGUGUUAGGAAAGGGCAAACGACAGAAGAAGAUGAGUAUCUGAUGCUGGGAUUAUUGCCAUUAUGAUGUUAGAGCAGAACAACAGCAACAAAGAUAGAUAACUCGUGCGCGAAGGACGGAUAUUGAAAUUAAUGAGGGCAAUAAUGAGCGCAAGAAGGAAAACAGAGCCUGAGCGAAUAAAUGCUGAUCCUGAUGAGUGAGUGACGACACUGAGUAGAUGGAAGUGUUCACGCUUGACUAAGAUGCGCUCAAUGAAAGUAUGCCGGAGCAUAUAUCUAUUUCCGUCUGUGUGAACGAGUCACAGUAGUAAAUAAGGUCAGCUGGGACCUGCAGGAGGAAACGAUGACCAACCCUAAGGAUACUACACACGAUCAAUACGGAAAACGAUGAGAAGGCUCAGCAAGUAUACGCAGAAAGUCAAAUGCCUAUCACACCGAAAAUACCUAUCUUCUAACGGUGUGCGCAAACGACUUAGGUCAGAUUUAUAAUAAUGAUGCAGCAAAUCAGAAAGCAAACAAGACUAUGGAACAAUGAUAUAACAAAGGUGAUGUAACUUAUCAUAAAUAUCACGGCGGUGUAGUAGAUGUCUACAUCGUGUGACCGAAGUUUGUCAACGAUAAAGGUCAGAUCUUGCUGGAUUUUCGUCCGCUGCCCAUUAGGUGAGCAGGACAGCUUUUUGUUCAAACGAAAGCCAGAGUAGGCAGGAGAAAAUACCGAGAUGAUUGAGCGUGCCUGGACGAUCCAUGCGACCGCUUAUAUUCUGUACUAAACAUCACAGAUAAUGACAGCAACAAUGAUUAUGGCAAUAGCUGUUAGUUAUGCUAAUGAAAAUAGUGGUAAUCAUAAAAAAAGGGCAUAGUGACACAAGGCCCAUGGGCAGUUGUUACCUAUAAUAUAGGAGGAUAUAUAUAUAGUGUUGAGAUUUGCGAUGUGAUGGUGGUAUUGAACUAUCGACAUAACCGUUUACAAUAGAAACUGUGCCACUGCAGUUCUUCGCCAGCGGCGACGAUUGAAACUGCAAAGAUGGCAGUAAGCAUAACACGGCAAUGAUCACAAUAUACGAUAAACAACCAGAAAAACAAUAGUGACACGUUUUUUUGCGGUAUGUUAUUAGGACAAUUUAAGGACGUUAACAACGAAGGGUGGGUGGUGUUGUGUUUUUCCACAUCCGUAUAGUUAUCUGUUGUCUAAUAGAGAACACACGGUAACAUAACAACAAUUAUUGUGAGCAUUAUUACAGAGACGGCAAAGAUAACAACAGCAGAACAUUUCCAUGAUAAACAUAAAUACUAAUAACAAUUAGGCUUUUCUAUUUUUUUACUUGCCGUCGGCUAUGUGUCGGCGAAACACCGAGAUGAACUGGUAGCCUUACUAUGUUAGUUAUUAAGAAGGAAAAAGAUACGAUGAUACCAUUAGAAACAGACUCAAAAUAGACAGAGUUAUUCAGUAUGGAACUGAAAGAGAUAGCAACAGCGGGAAUGACUGCAAAAACAAUAACAUGUCGAAAAUAGACAACAGGUAAUAACGAUAAUUACUAUCAUAGUUAUAAUAGCAUCACGAAUAUGAAACAAAUUGUAAGAUAAUUAAUAAAAGUAGCAAACAGUAAGUACUUGUCACAGGACGAUUAGACAAAAGUGCGCGUAUGUCUGUCCGAUUGGCUUACUAUAGACGGGCGGUCAUCGGUAAUGAUGGCCAAUUGGUCUGUAUGCUAAAUAGAAGAAACUGUAAAGUUAUAAAAAAAAAAAAAGAGGAUGUCGACACUUAUUUUCUUGUUGUUUCGCAAGUAAACGACUCAAUGGAUGCAAGUUCUAUUAGUUGUAACUUCGUCAUAUUCGACUGGAUUUUAUGCAUUUGCGCCUUUAUUCUGCAUGUUGCCGAUACCCCAUGACAAGUUACCUAAACAAUCGACUACUUCUACAAACAAAAAAACAUAUCACGAAAAUACGACGAUCAAGCGUAUGGCUAAUCGGGAUCAGUUAAUAUGGCUACUUUACGGGAACUGCAAUAGAAACGUGUUAGUUUCAUUAGCAACCCAACAACAACAACAACAAAAUAUUCAUUAGUUAACUUGAUCAGCAUGAUGAAAGUUUAAUUAUGAUUAUCAUAUACGGCACGAUUACCGCUCUAUCGUACUACGCUACGGUGUGACAACCCAAGUUCCUUACUUAAAGUCGAUUUAUAUCUACAUCUACUUAUUAAGGCGAUGAUGCAGUAAUACACGUAUAAAUGAUAAUGGCAGGACAAGCGAAUUUUUCUGAAAACAUUGUGGAUUGUUCUGGAGUGUGUUUCGUGGCGUUACUAUCCCUGUUCGAUGGCACCCCGUCCCAAUUUUUCCUAGUUCGGUUCCUUGGCUUACCCUAUCGCUACUUAUUGCUCUAGUGUCCUUUGUCAAUGACAACACAUACUGUAUUCUGCGAGUGGGUGAUGAUAAUGGCAAGUUCACUGGACUGUCUAGAUAACUAGCCACAAUAUUGUUGAUAUUGCAUUAUCUAUAAUUAGCUCUAUUGAACGAUUCUGGAUAGACAACGACGAUAGUUGUCAGAGCGAAGUGUUUUUGAGCAGCAUAAUGAUUUUACGUGGCUCUGGUCGCACAGCGUGACAAAUAAAAGUGAAGUAGUUGUACGUUGCAAGCCUCACAGGCUGUGAGUCACCCCGUCUUAUCACAUAACACUUCUUGUACUAGUUAUCGUUCCAUUCCUCCUCUGGACAAAAACGAACACAUGCGACUGUUUAUUUUCCUCCGUAUGCUAUAUCAAUCGGUCUUCACUACCUAGUUGAGCCCUAAUGACAUGUGCUAUCAUGGUUAGAACGUCCGCAGGGUCCGUUUUGCUCCGUCUGUUAGUCUUCACGUAAUUAGAUUUCUACGUUGCUGUAUGCCGAGACUAUAUAACCUUGAAUGACGGCUGAAAUCAGCCUCACCUAGAAUUUUGAACUUGGGAUCAAUAAAAUUUCGGGGCGGGCCGACCUCUCCUGUUUCAUCGACAGCCAUCACCGAUACACGUCGAGCCUCUGCAGUACUGGUGAUGAUAGUUUAAUUAAUAACUACAACGGAUGUACUAUACGAAUAAUAAUCAUAGUAUUCUAUAAUGGUUGGUUGAGAUUCAUCGUUUGCCUGCGACUCCCCUCGCCUUGUUUGCCCCUCAACAUAUAUAUAUACAUAUAAAUGUCCAAAUGGGGUUUGACAACGCUGACUAACCGAGUAAAUAGCCAAGUAUACAGUCUAUUCAUUCAUAGGUACACUCACGAUCAUCUCAUCGUGCUCGGUUGACUAAUGUUUUUUUUUUAUAUAAUUAUUGCCCGAUACUAUCGCAUGGGUUUCCUGCUGAUAUUUACGUGUCUCAAAAGUUCACCUAAGGUCUUUCUUUCGUCCUGAUUUACGUAGCUUUGUAAAAAUAAAAAUAAAUAUUAUUUUGAGGUUUAGCAGCAAUUGGGAAGUUGCAUUGGCGCUCAAUUCAAAGCCAAUGAUUAUAUUUGCAUAAGCCGAAUUUAUAAAUAGUGUUAUCUUGUAUCCAAGCCAGAUAAGUAUAUGUUGAAGUGGAAUUUGCAUUUUGGAAAGUUUCUUUAUAUAUAUAUAUAUAUAUAUGUGUCACUUUAGAGUGUCGUCCACUUCUGUGCGGACCAUGAGGAUCAUAUUAUGCAUAACCUACGGAUCAUAAACCCAUAUUAUCAUCGUUCUUACCAGCAGAUAGCAUGUAGCGACUGGUAAAGCCUUUAUAACGUCGAAUGUGAAGUAUCGACAAAAAAAAAGUAGCGAUAGUGUUAUAUUAAUUUUAAUAACUUUUGCGCAUGCAAAACUCAAAAACGUCCGACCAUCGACAUAUGCACAUCAGUGAUACCUUCCGUUAAUCCAUACCUAGGCAGAGCUCCUGCUCUUCAAUAAUACUUUGCAGGAUGAUUCAGGCCAUAUUCCUGACAAAUUAACUGCUACACACGUUUGUGGUAUCAGUCUCUUAAAACUUUAUAAUAAUGCUAAGCGUGAAUAAGUUCUAAACCAUAAUUGAACUGAACGCGUUGCUUGUUUGUGUGUCUGGAUUGGAGGUGUCUCCCGUAUAUCAAUCAGUACAUUAACGAUAUUGAGAAUACAGAUUUUCAAUUCGAGGACGGGGUGCGCGCAUUCCUAGGGGCAUCCACAAACAGACCAUCAACUAUCUAGAAUUAAGCCAUGGUCCGAUAGGUAUCGAGUGCAAGAGAAACACAAAGCAACAAAUGGAUCUUAGAAAGCCUGUAGUACAUUAAGUGAGACUUACGAAGAACUCAGAAAAUGUUGUAAUAACAAAUAACGGACACUGCCCUCAAAUCUGAAAACUACGCUGAUCUGUCAGACCACGCCGUGCGGGGCAUGACUCUGCAUCAUCAUCAUCAUCACACGUCAUCGAAUCAUCCAAGCAGGCAACAAGAUAGUGAUGAUGCAAGAACGAUGGGCUGGCCAGAAAAGUGACGACGAUUAUGACGGUAAUUGAUGCGUUCUCACAAUAUCGUUUUGUAGUUUACCGUCCCGGACAGAACUUACGUCUCGAUUAGUGACAGAAACAUAAACGCCUUGAUAGCGAACGUGACGCAGGCAUUGAGAAUAGCAGACGACAGUACACGAUAAAACACGUCAACAUUCAUAAUAGUGGUACUAAACGUAGAUCCGAAAGCAUACUAACAUUGAACACGGGUGCGUGGUAAACAAAGAAACGGAAGAAUCCAAAGGGCGAACAGCGUUAGCACGGGGCGGGCAGAGACAGAGAGAGACAGAGAGAGAGAGAGAGAGAGAGAGAGAGAGAGAGAGAGAGAUAGUACGAGUAAAUAAAAAGGACAAGUUCAAGCGAGAGAGAGAGAGAGAAACAUAAGUUACUAUUACGAACAUUGUGGUGGUGGUUAUUGAUUUAGUGACAUUUUCUAAUUAUAUUUGCGAUGGACGAGAGAAAAAUGCUAUACAAAAAAGAUGAUUUCCGUGUAAGCAUGCCACGAUGACGUCAACGAUAACUAAGUAUAUAAUAAUAAUAAUAAUAAUGUGUUCCGCAUUGAUAAUUGAUC